UUCGACUCAUACCGACUCAUCACUGUGAGUCACUUUCUCAGUCAAUUUGUCCCCUGCCAUGUCUGCGCCUCGUCGCAACGGCCAGUUGUCGUCAUGCGAGCCGUGCCGCAAAUCCAAGCUCCGAUGCGAUCAUUCGACUCCGACAUGCAAACGCUGCGAGCGCCGUGGGAAAUCGGAGCUCUGUGUUUAUCACCCUGCCCCACUGACCAAGCCGCGCGAGUCUGGCCAGAUCCUCAAGGCAACCAAAAAAAUCACGCAUAGCCAACCGGUAUUAUGCGCGAAGACCAUUUCCGUCACCAAUCUCGGCAGCGCCGCGUCCGUCAGCCUGCUGGGAGCUGCGCAGUUCCCCAGUGUCUCCAAACGUCAUCUGUCAGGCAGCGGCUUUCUAGGUCCGACGAGCUACUCGAGCGUGUUUAGCGAAGAGAUCGAGCUCGAAUUGGGUGGUCGCACUUCGCUUUCCCACACAGAUGCACCUCUUGACCCUCAGCGGGUGACUCAAGGGGCUCAGGUGCUCUCACUGCUCGAGCAUCUCCCGCUCUAUGAGAGGCUGAUUGAGAACCGGUUCAGAUUCGCUACAGGAUGGGUCUUUGGACCCCCGUUGAUGCGGGAGCUGAGUGCGCGACUGAAAGCCAUCUACCGCAACGCGACAGACGGGUCCGACAACAAAUACCUCAGGCUCAUGGACAUGUCACGUAUCUUGUUCAAGAACACAGCGGCUCCGAUCCAGACCAAGUCGUCCAUGCUUCUGCGCGAUUACAUCUCUCAAUUAACGCUCCGGUGGGAUAUGGUUGGCCUUCUAUUCUCAUUUGCGGGCGCCGCAACCUUUCAGGUGCCGCAUCAGGAGCUUGACAAGAUCCUGAGCGAUUAUCCCGGAACCACUAAGGAAGGACUGCGACAAAUUGCAGUCCAAGCGACCGAGUCAUGCCUGCAAUUCUGCGACUAUCUUGGCAUGAUCAGCGACCCACAGUCCUGGACUAUGGUCCAGCAUACGAUUGUCCUCUCCAAUUUGCACGGGAGUUGUGAUCAUCGAACAUGGCAGAUGCUCGGAGAUCUCACGACCCUAGUCUUUGCCCUUGGUCUCCACCAGCCUGCUGCCGACAGUGACAUUCCGUUCUUCCUGUCCGAGAUGCGCAAGAGAGUCAUGGUGGCCGCCUACGCUCUAGACAAGGACAUCGCGACCUGCCUAGGGCGACCGCCCCGCAUAUGUUGGCGCUACUGCAACAUCCAAUUCCCCCUGGACAUUAGCUACGACGAGUUGGUAGCAGAACCGCAGGUCCGAGAUGCAGCGAUCCAGUGUCUCGAUGCCGCAGGCUGGAAUGUCGAAGGACGAUUGGACAAAGGCGCCCGGGCGAGAGGCUGCCUGAUCUCCAGUCUUUUUCGAGAGAGUGUCCUGGAGGUAUCAUUAAGCCACGAACUUGACGGCCUGGAGGAGAGAGUAUUGGAGGUCUGCCGUAAGUCAGACGAAUACCGACUCAGCCUGCCCGAGCACCUGCAAUGGACAGACGACAAAGAAGACACCUCGCUGGCAUCGCUACACCUCGAUUUCUCAUACCACCACUUCCUCCUCCUACAGACUCUAUUCAAGCGCACAGGCAAAGGACUGGACCUGCUAAUCCGCACCUCAUCAGACAUCAUCACACUGCUGCUUAAAAUGGUCUCAAUGCAAUCCCGGCUCGGCCUCGUACCUCCCCACGUCAUAUUGGACUUAUGCUACAUAGGUCUACCAGUCGCAGGCGUCCUCUCCAUCGAACUCCUCCGCCGCUCCCAAACCCAACCCCUCAGCAUCCUAACCGCUCCCAACCCCACCGCCUCGACCUUCCCCCGCUCCGAAAUCAUCCAGAAACUCUCCGUAUACCUCGCGCAAUUCAACACCUUCGUCCCCCAGAACGAAGGGGACUACGAGAUCUGCAACCGCGGCCAGAAGGUCAUCUCCCAGGCGCUGGACCGCGUCUUGUCGGGUGUUCCGUCCGGCAUCUCGGCCUCUGACGCGCUCAUGCCGAAUGGGAUGGCCUUCGGGGAUGAUAUGGAGUUUAUGGCGUUCUUGGAGAACUUUGAUUGGGAGCAGGAGGUUCGGUUGACUUUUGGGUAGUGGGCUAGCGGCUGGCAGUGUGUGCUGCUUAUCGAAGAAUCGUCGAUGACAAUGCUGGCAUGGGAGCUUGGUGAGUGAUACCUAGCGUGCUAUGGCUACCGCAGUAUCAUGGCUUAUAUACAAGACAAUGCUAUACGGAUAAUGAUAUCUCAACUGGGAUCAAUUACCUAUACUCUCGUCCAGAUACUUUAUAGAGGGACGAUCCGCUAGUCGGGUCUCAAAACAGAUUUCCCGAUCGAGCCCCGGCCCCGCAGGCGGAUCGGCCCAAAACAGCAAAUUCCCGACAAUGACCGACUAACCAUAAAAGGCAAGUUGCCGCCAAGUCCACACCCACCCCGCGCGGGCCCACGAUGACCGAAUCUGAU